GACCAACACCAACAGGAACCAAACCAGCAUGUCCUGAUUCUAACCCCUUUCAAAGACUCAGCUCGACUCAUUGAAAGAUACUUUCAAAACGUCAACGGCUUAACGUACCCACACCACUUGAUUUCACUGGGCUUUCUUGUCAGCGACUCGUCCGAUGGCACGAUUGAAAAGUUACACGACAUGGCAAAAUGGUAUUCCAACAACCAAGAACCAUGGCAACAGUUCCAUCGGAUUUCGAUAUAUCAAAAGGACUUUGAUUUUUCUUUGCCCAAUACAGAGGAACGCCAUGCAUUUGGUGUCCAAGUGGAACGACGCAAGAUCAUGGCCAAAAGUCGAAACACCCUCUUAUCAUCCGCACUUACUGAAGAAAUCGCUUGGGUAUUAUGGCUGGAUGGCGACGUCGUCGAAUACCCUGCGACUUUGCUGGAGGAACUGAUUGGCAUGAACAAGGAUGUGCUGGCGCCUAAUUGUUGGUGGCAUUCCUAUAACGAGGAAGGUGGAUAUGACCGGAACAACUGGCAAGAAACACCGGAAAGUCGAGAGUUUCAAAAGACACUGCAGCCGGACGAUGUCUUGGUAGAAGGUUAUUCUGAGCUGGAAACGCAUCGUAAACUUAUGAUUGACAUGCGGUAUCCCGACGGUAUUACCGAUGUAUUCCAUGCUAUCCCGCUCGACGCUGUAGGCGGUACCUGCACCUUGGUCAGAGCGCAGGUCCAUCGAGAGGGAGCCAUCUUCCCAACGUUCCCCUAUCAACAUGAAGUCGAGACCGAAGGAUUUGCAAAGAUGGCCAAGGCGCUAGGUUAUGAAAUCUGGGGAAUGCCCAACUAUCUUGUAUAUCACAUC